AUGAGAAUCUUGAAAUCAAAUGGUUUAGCUCCAGAAAUCCCAGAAGAUUUAUACUUCUUGAUCAAGAAAGCUGUCAAUGUCAGAAAGCACUUGGAGAGAAACAGAAAAGACAAGGAUUCCAAAUUUAGAUUGAUUUUAAUCGAAUCCAGAAUCCACAGAUUGGCUAGAUACUAUAGAACUGUUGCAGUAUUACCUCCAAACUGGAAGUACGAGUCUGCUACUGCUUCUGCUUUAGUCAACUAA